AUGGUGAAUCAAAUGGUAGAGGCAUCGACUGGGGUAGGCAAUCCACAGCCACAUUUGAAACGUAGAGGAAGGAGCUUAAUUUCUUCACCUUCACAAUUUCCUCCAAGGACCCAUAUCAGAAAUUGUGCAUUCUCUUCUUCUUCUUCAGUUUUGAUGAUUCAUGAGCAAGUUGCUCCUGCAGUUACCUCACUCUCAACUAGUUCUUUAGGUCGACAUUUUCCCUCGUCAAUUUUAAUUCAAGAACAGUAUGAUAAAAGCCAGCCAUUGUUGCAACAGAAGGAGGACAUCACUUUUCAGGCGACGCUGGAUAGGAGGUUGAUGGGACCUCCCACAGGAAAUGAAGAGAAUAACAUUCUUGAUUCCGACCAAUAUGUAAAUGAUUUCCAACUUCAGUUGCAACGCUGGCCUGCCUUAUGGUACUUAUUGCCAGCCUUACGGAUGAAGGAAGCUCAGUCCUUGCCUAUGAUGGUGCAGUCCAUUCUUAAUAAAGAAGAGAAGGUUACAGGUGUAGAACCACAAAAUGUUGUUUCCCUUGCAAGAAAAGCUUUGUCAGCAUCCAGAGAGGCAGCCUUAAUUGCCGAAAGCACCAAAUUGUUGGAAGUUAAUCUUGAGGACUCUCACAGUCCAAGAGGUUUGGUUAAUAAUCCCAUACAAGAUAAAAGAACUGUAAGGUCAACUCGUCUCCUGGAGAGGAAAACUAAAAGACGGAGGCUUCCAAAGUCAAACCUUGAGGCUCAGGAAAACAACCAUCCAGGGAGGUCAGAAGUACAGAGAAAAAUUGGUCAAGGAUUUGAUCCAAACGAUCCCCUUCGAUUGUUCUUGGGUGAACCAGAAACGAGAAAACUUUUAACUGCAAAAGAAGAGUCUGAAUUAAUAGUGAAAAUACAGGAAUUAAUGAGACUAGAAGAAGUGAAGAGUCGGUUACAAACCCAGUUUUCCCGUGAACCUACGCUGGCUGAAUGGGCUGAUGCUGUUGGGCUUAGCUGUCAAACCUUGAAGUCACAUCUUCACUGUGGUAAAAGCAGCCGAGAGAAGUUGAUUUAUGCCAAUUUCCGCAUGGUGGUUCACAUUGCUAAGCAGUACCAAGGGCGUGGUCUCAGCUUCCAGGAUCUAUUGCAGGAAGGAAGCAUGGGUCUUAUGAGGACUGUAGAGAAAUUCAAACCCCAAGCAGGUUGCAGAUUUGCUACUUAUGCCUACUGGUGGAUAAGGCAAGCAAUUAGGAAAGCCAUAUUUCAACAUUCCAGGACAAUACGUUUGCCAGAAAAUGUGUAUGGACUAUUGUCCAAAGUGAAAGAAGCAAAAACAAUAUGCAUUCAAAAAGGUAAUCAUCAUCCAAUGAAAGAGGAAAUAGCAGCAACUGCUGGAAUCACGGUCGAGAAACUUGAUAGACUUCUAUUUACGGCAAGAAUGCCUCUUUCAAUGCAACAGCCUAUAUGGAUGGAUCAAGAUACUACGUUUCAGGAAAUCACUUCGGACUCCUCAGUUGAGGUCCCUGAUGUAAGUGUCGGAAAGCAGCUGAUGAGACAACACGUCCGCCACCUCUUGAGUGUUCUCAGUCCUAAAGAGAGGAAAAUAAUUCGUCUGAGAUUUGGUAUUGAGAAUGAUCAACAGAAGUCAUUAUCUGAAAUUGGUACCAUUUUUGGGUUAUCCAAGGAGAGAGUUCGACAACUGGAGAGUCGAGCCCUGUACAAGUUGAAGCAGUGUCUUGAUAGCCAAGGACUCGAGGCAUAUACAGAUAUGAUCAUUUAA